AGUGUGACGGGCGCUGUAUCCCCGCCAUGUGAGAGAGAUGCGCGGAACGCAAUGAAAAUUCUGGCCGCCGCAAGGGGCGCUGGUGUAGUAGUAGGUGCUCGCCACGCGUGCUUUGGCUCGUUCGUUCUCUCUGUGCUGUGCCGUCACCUUGUUCGGAUGGAUCGCGUUCGCUGUCGUUUGUUUACCCACGUGUUCUGCAAACCAUGCCGUCAAGUCGUGCAAGUACAUGCUUCGUCCCUGGAUGUAAAGGCGGGUAUAGAUCGUGCUCGGAGAAGCUCUCGGUGUUUAAAGCCCCGAAGGAUCUCUCGAGGCGAGAGCAAUGGGCUCGAAAUAUUAAGCGGGCUGACAAGGAGCUGACGAGAGACAGCGUUGUUUGUGAGCGGCACUUCGACGCGAGUUUCAUUGAAAGGACAUACCGCCACGUUAUAAACGGUGAGGUUGUUCAGAUACCCCGCGAUUGUCCGCGUUUGUCAGAAGACGCUGUACCUACGGUGUUCCCGGACGCACCGAAGUACUUCACCAAAGAAGCGCCCGUGAAAAGAAAGGACAGAAAUGUAUGUGAGCAGCACGGACCUACUAAAAAACGGCGAAAGCCGAACUCGGACAGCAGGCAAGAGCCCGAAGCACACGUGCAGCAGCAGGAGCACGAAGAUCCCAAUGUUCUUCCCGAGGUGGAGACAUCUGGUGCAGUUCACGCCGACGCCGAAGUUCAACGUGUGUGCGGUAACCUCCGUUUACCCGACAAAACGUGGAACAAGUUAACGUUUUGCAGUGAACGUGAUUCUGCAUUAUACGGUGUGUGUGAGCUCGAGGGCGAGCAGGUGGACCACAUCUUGCUGCCUAAGUUGGUUAAGUUCAAAGCUAAUAUCAGCCAACAGAACUCAUUGAGUUGCUUUGUAUACUUGAGGGGCAAACUGCAUUCACAGUGUACCGUCUCAUCGCCGGAAGAAGCGCAGUCGGUGCUCGACAGCACACAUGCACUUGCAUUGUGUCAAGGCUGCGGCAUGAGACCGGAAAAGCAAGGACAGUAUGUAUUGUUUGCUGGGAAUUACUUUUCUGUCAAGUGUACUUAUGUGUGUGAGAGUGGUGACUCCUGCAUACACUGCAAAUAUCUCAGAAAACUGGUGCAAAACCAAAUGUCGCGAAAGCGGUGUAGCGGGGGCAUGUCCAAACGUCAGAAGAAGCUCGCUAACACACGCCGCAGCUUGCGUACUGCUCAGAAAAAGCUGCUGAAUGCAGAACGCGAACUAGCAGCGAUGCGGCAGGCAAAUCAACAAAUUGCCGACGAGGUGCUGGACGCUCGCAUUAGAAGUUUGCCUGAAAAGCAACAAAUGGCUGUCAGGGCCUGCUUCGAGGCAGCUACAAGAAAAUCAACAUCUGGGAUGUUGUAUGAGAAGGAAUGGAUUUUGGAGUGUGUACUUCUGCGGAUGCGUAGUCCCAAACUAUACGAGCAGCUUCGUAAGCAAAAAGUUCUUAUAUUGCCAAGCAGAACGUGUCUCCAGCGCUAUACUCGCAGCUUCAAAAGUGGCUUUGGAUUUAACAAAGCAGUUUUCGACGCCCUUGCUAUCAAGACAAAAGAUAUGGACAUCCCUAGUAGACAUGGAGGCAUCAUCUUCGAUGAGAUGAAGUUGGCUGAGCAUUUCAACGUCAAUGCAGCAGGGACAGUGGAAGGCUUUGUUGAUCUUGGAAAGUUCACCUUGGAGGAAGAUCGGACGACUCCAGCAGACCACGGGAUGGUGAUGAUGUUUCAACCUUUUCAAGGUGACUGGACACAGAUAUUGGGGGUGUUUUCAUCCAAAGGGAACAUCAAAGCAGAAAUGCUGGCGAAGCUUCUUCUAGAGGCCAUCCUGCUGUCAGAACAAGCCGGACUUUUCGUCGACUUUGUAUCCUGUGAUGGAGCAACCUGGAAUCGAAGCGUGUGGAGGUCAUUUGGAAUUGGCGCAUCCUCAGUCAAGACCACAUGCAACGUUACCCACCCUGUGGACCCCUCCAGAAAGCUUCACUUCUGCUCAGACUUCCCACAUUUAGUGAAAUGUGUUCGCAACUCAUUUGUAAGCACCGGGUUCACCACUCAAGACGGUCGUGCGUGUGUUGAGCACAUUGAGGCAGCAUGGGAGAAAGACAAAAGUUCUUUAACUCUGAAGGCCAUGCCACAUAUUACGAGAGUGCACAUUCGGCCCAAUUCGUUUGAGAAAAUGAAAGUUAACUUGACGUUCACACUGUUCAGUGAUGAAGUUUUGAAAGGCAUGUUUUUGUUCACAUCAGACAUUGACGAGAUUUCUCGUUCGAAACUAAUGCCCACAGUGGAGCUUGUGAAGCGAAUGAGUCGACUAAUAGCUGUGAUGAUGUCCAGGUGCCCGCGAGAUGGGCUCAGACCGUCAUCAGAGAAAGUUGCUGAGCUCGAGGCAUUCCUUUUAUUUAUGGAUCACUGGGAAGCAGCAGCAAAGACAGCCGGUGGUGGGUUCGUUAGCAAAAGCACCGCAGAAGGUUUGCGUGUUACUCUAUGUAGCACGCUUUCCCUUCUUACCUACUUGACAAAGUCUCUCGGCUUUAGGUACAUGUUAACAGCCCGACUCAGCCAGGACAAACUAGAGAAUAUUUUCGGGAUAAUUAGGCAAUAUUCUGGUACUAAUGACCAUCCAAAUCCCGGGCAGUUCCUCGUGACUGUAAAUUGUUUGUCUUUUUAUAAUCUUGCGAGACCACCCAAGAGUGGGAACUCCCCAGCAGAGCUUGUAACAGCUCUCCUUGACACUUCAUCACCAGCCACAGGUGAUGCCAUUUUCGGCAUACGAGAUAUCAUUGAAGAUAUGCUAGAAGUUGGAGAUGUUGAUGGGGCUAGGUCUACACUGCAAUCUCUAAGUGGUGACCACAGCAGCUAUGCCGUUCAGAAAAGUGACAGCCGUCUUAUUUAUUAUGUUGCUGGCUAUGUUGCAAAAAAGUUCAACAAAAAAAGCUCUUGCAACGAGUGCAUUUCCACUCUCGCCACCAAGAAAUCAGGAGCCAUUGUCAAACCGAACAGCGAAUUAGUCAGUGAAUUCGACAAAGGAGGAUUAUUGUAUCCUUGUGACAAUCUGGCCAAACUUGUGAAAACCUUGGAGGAUGCAUUUACUUUCUUCUUUUCUGCUGAAAAAUUGAACUCUUUCAGCACACAUGAUUUCAUGCAGUUCUUGGCAGGCAUCAAACUGGAUAGAGUUGGCUGCGAAAUUCACAGCAAGGAACUGACCGCAAAAGUAGUCCAGUUUUUUCUGCUCACGCGUAUGCACUUCUGGACAAAAUCUUUGAACAAAGAGAGGAUGGAGAACCUGAUGAGCACAGCGAUCGGCUUCUUCCAGGCAGGAUCGGCGGGCGUCCCGACAUACAUGAACUGGCACAUGAUCAACUUCGCCCUGCGAGCUGACACGCUGCAGGCGCAGGUGCAGGAUGAGAUCGAUCGCGUUACCGGCUCGCACAGGCGUCCCACGUGGGAAGACAGGCGUAACAUGCCCCUCAUCAUGGCCGUCGUGUGGGAGAUGCUGCGCUGGAAGGCAAUCGCGCCGCUUAGUGCACCAAGGAGGGCCGAGGUGGAUUUCACUUGCGACGGCUUCUUCUAUCCAGCCGGAAUCACGGUGAUGGCCAAUUACUGGGCCGUACACAACGAUCCCAGCGUGUGGCCUAAUCCGGAGAAGUUUGACCCCGGUCGUUUUUUGAACGACGACGGAAAGCGCAAGUGUCCCGCAGAGACCCAAGCCAUCAUGGUGAUAUUUCUCUACAUCACAAGCAUACUUCAACGCUUUCGAGUGCUGUCCGAAGAAGGAGUCGCCAUUGAUAUUGGCGAUGCGAACGAUCGCCUGCCCUCCAAGAUUAAAUACCGGCUCCGGUUCAUACCCAGGAGAAAGUAA